AUGGCGUCUCUAGGCCCUGCAGUCUCCUCAUUGCGAUCAUCCCUAUCACUCCUCGACUCUAGCAUAUCCAUACUGGACGAAGGGGUGUCCGACUUCCCCCGCCUAUGCAAAGUCCUCCAGACCCAACAACAUUUCGAACUCCUGGCCGAACCAACACUUCGAGAAGCUCAACAGUCUUUGGUUGACGAGAUCGUACCAGCCAUCCACCAACUCGUCUCCACAGCUGAGAGGCACAUUGAUCAACUCGUACGAAAAGAGGAGAGCCUCAAAGCACGAUCUGAACUCUUGAAUGGGAGGUUAAAUACCAGUAAUAGCCGGAAUUCGAGUUUCGGCGGUUCUACGCAGCCUAAACGGACUACGGAAAACACAACUUCCACAACUUUGAGUGAGUCGAAGCUGCUGGAGAUGAAACGACUGCAGCAGAAGAAAGAGAGAUUGCAGUAUGCUAUUGACAGGUUGGAGCUGCAGUGCAAACAGAGGGAGCGAGAGUUGAGGAAAAGCAUGGCCUUUGUGAAUGAUUGA